CGCGCGGCGUUCCACGAUUUCAACUCAUUGUCAGAAUCAGAGCAAUCGUGCAACUCACAAGGGGAAGCUGAGAACUCGUCAUCACCGAUUUGGGCCAAAUUCACAGUAUAUGUUGGGCUCGACUAGAACUAAAAUCAGGACGGUAUUCAUAGUCCGGUCUUAAGACCGAGCUCAAUGAAGACGGUCUUAUUCGUCAAGACGGUCUCAAGACGGCCAAGGAUUCAUAGUCCGCGAAUAAGACGGUCUUCACGAAGGUGGCGCUGCUUAGGACCGCCUUAUUGCAUGAAACGCCGUCUUCUGGAAACACGGUCUUAAGCACGGUCUUAUUCGGGGAAUCGGCAAUGUUCCGAAACUUGCGUUUCGACUGACCAAUGAUAGCCCUGGACGCGCCGGCAGGUAGCUGACGUCCGCCGUUUAAAUACUGGUGGUAUACGUCACUACUGUCACAGUUUGAAUUCAUCGAGCGUUUGACACUUGUGUAAUUUCUAAAUUUUUGUGGUAUAUUCUUUAAAAUUGAACAAAUAAUAUAAUGGCUGCAAGAGGCAAACAUUAUACUCCCCUCGACAAACAAAUAUUUUUAGAAAUAUUAAAAGAAUACAAGGACAUUGUCGAAAAUAAAAAGAGUGAUGGUGCUACACUCAAAGAAAAAGAAACAGCGUGGACUGCAAUUGCUGCCAGAUUUAAUGGUGUAUUGCAAAUUAGUGAGAAGAGGACUGUCGCACAAUUAAGAAAGCUGUGGACUAAUUUAAAAGAAACACAGAGAGACGCGUUGACGAAAGAGAGGCAAUCUCGAAUGGCUACAGGUGGUGGUCCUGAAGAGGCAGUUGCAGAGGUUGAUCCCGACGUUGCAGCAAUUGCCCCACACUUGAUGGUGAAUGCUCCCUCGUUGUUUAGUUCCAACAGAAGUCGGGCGGAACAAAGAGCUGUAGAUGAUACAGGUAUCUCAAUUGAACAGGAGGAGGAAGACGAGGAAUCGCCGUUACGGUAUGAAGAGAUUCGCCAUUUAAUCGAUGAUGUUGGUGACGAAUCACUAGUAGAUGCUACUCCAAGCUCUUCGUCAGCAACUCCGCUACCUCUUCGCAAAAAGAUUUGUGUAGAGCAGAAGCGAAAGAACUCCGAAUCAUCGGGAGCUGGUUGCUCAACGUCCGCCCACUCAAGAUCUUCGGAUGUAUCAACGAAAGAAACGCUUACGGAUGUUGCGCGCGUUGAGCUGGAAAUAGCAAAUAUCAAAAAACAGCAUGAGCAGAAGAUGUGUAAAUUGAAGGAGACGCAGCUGGAUAUUGUGCAUCGUUUGCAGACUGAGCAUAUGCUUGAGCUCCAAUCUUUGGAGAUUAGAAAAGCAACAGCGGAAGUCGAGUUAGCUGAGCUAAAACUUCGAUUAGCGAUGAAUGACGAAUAAAUUGUAGAUUUUUUAGACGAGGUGAUCCUAUAAGACUGAUGUUUCAGCUUACAGUAUUAUCAUUAGCAUUAUAAUAAGACUGGCGCUGUGCAAUUAUACGUACUAUUAGUAUUUCGUAUUUCGUAUGAGUAUUAUUAGUAGUUUAGUUAUGAUAUCUAUACUAUUGUCAUUAGCAUAAUAAUAAGACUGGCCCUGUGCAAUUAAACCAUUGUUUAAGAUUUACGAAGUUGUUGAUCAAUCAUAAAUAUAAAAAAAAGUAAAAAAGCAGGUAUCACUCUUCAAUAAUUGAUUCCCUUUUAUGAUGUAAUAUUCAUAAAUGAGUAACAGAUGAAAGCAGUACACGCCUGUCUGAUGCGACCGUUGUUUACAAUAUUAGGAAAUGGGAGAGUUUCUAUUUUUGCGGAUAGGGAUUAAUCGGCAGGUACAUAUUUUUCAAGAAGAAUACCGCUUUCCGCGAAUCGGUGAAGAACACCUGUUACAUUUGUUAGGGUUUUGCAAUGUAUAAUUCUUGGCUAUGAUAGACAAUAAACAAUUAUAGGAAAUGGGAGAGUUUCCAUUUUUGCGGAUAGGGAUUAAUCGGCAGGUACAUAUUUCUCCAGUAGGAUACCUCUUUCCGCGAAU